GAGUGUCCGUGAAACAGCUUACAUGGCGUCGAAUACUAAUUAUGAGUUCUAAGCACUGUUGUCACAUUUUAUGAUACAGUGUUUCACAUUUUCCGUUUGUUUACAUUUUACAUUAAAAUUAUGUCAGUCUGAACAAACUUACUGCGAUUGACUUUUAAAAUUCACUGCGAUUGUUUCGAAAAGUCAAAAUUUAAUCAUAAAAAUAAAUGAUAGUGACUUAUACAUGUUAUAAGUGUUAACAGCAAUGACCUUGAUUACUGUGAUUUCCCCAUUUUACUUUUUCCGUAUUUUUUAAUAAUUUAUAAAGAUUUUUUUUUUUUAAGUUAUCUAAUUCAAUAAUCGUUCGUUAAAGUUUUCAUAUUUUUUAAGCUAUUCAUCACUUAUAAAAAUUGAUUUAAUACAUUGUUGUCGAUAAAACUGUAAUGAUGGAAGUAACGACUGAUGAAGAAGCGCAAGCAGUUCUUCUUGAUGGAAUGGAAGCUACACAAUAUAUUACAAUUCAACGUGCUGAUAAUGAAUCAAUAAAUAAAGUCCCAUUGAUAACUUUAAAUGGUGAGUUAAUAUCCGAAGGGAUGGUUGUUGACAUGAUAAAUGCUGGAGUAGGAGCAGAUUACAAUUCUGCAACUCCGUAUUAUGAAACUGACGAUCUCUUACCACAUGAAUUAACUGAGGAGGAUCGUAAAUUAGCUGCAGCUUUGGUGGCAGUUCAACUUCAACAGCAACAAAAACAUCAGCAAAUUCAUAAUCAACUACAUCAAGAUGAUCCGGCUUUACCUGAUGUCAGUCAAUUAGCUACAUUAUCACCUGUUCAUGCUUACGCCAUACAGACUAUUGCUGAUCCUGAACCAUCGUCGAUAUACUCAGCAAUACAAUCAUUUAAACGUAUCAAUCAUCAUGUUAAGCAAGAGUUUAUAAAUGUUAAAAGUGAAUAUGACAUUGACGUAUCGGCUGAAAGUAGUGAAGAAGCUACAAUACCGGUAUCAGGACAUAAACGAUCGUUACCUCAUAAAAAACGUAUUGCCAGAAAAUUAAAGCAACAAAAUAAAACAAAUCUCAAACAUGAUUCAGGAAAAAAUAAUCAAGAAGUUGUCGUUUUCAACAAUAUGAAUGAAAAUUUAAGUCAAUUAUUCAAAUGUGAAUUGUGUAAUUGUGAAUUUAAUGCACAAUUGAAGUUUUUUGAACAUCUUAAGAAUCAUUAUGAACCAGUUAAACAAGAAUCAAGGAUAGCACAAGCAACUAAUACUAAUAUAACGAUUUCUGUACCAGAAACUGUUCAAAAUGUAGAAAAUACUAGCAUUGAAGAAUUUAGUGAGCCAGAAGAUUUAAUGGAAGGAAUUCGAGGAGUUGUUGAAGAAACUGGAGCACGUAUUGAUGACGACCCAGAAACAAGUCCGCUGACGGAAGUUAACCACAGUUCAACUUUGUGGUCAAUAGCAACGAGUAUUACCGAACCUAUGUCUCAUGAUCUUAACGAUUCAUCGACAGUUAAUGAGCAAGACUUGCAAAAUAAAGUUGAUACAGAAGUUACUAAUAGUACCAAGAAAAAAAAAAAUAACAAAACACGUAAAACUCAAAAUAAUGAAAUGAUAUGUCCGCAAUGUGAUAGGUCAUUUCAUCAUAAAAAUAGUCUUGUCUACCAUAUGAGAUCUCAUAGCGGUGAACGUCCACAUCAGUGUGAAAUUUGUGGCAAAAGUUUUUUCGCUGCUAGUGCUUUAAAAGUUCACAAACGUUUACACAGUGGUGACAAACCUUACAAAUGUGAAGACUGUGGUCGCCAUUUCCGUCAGUGGGGAGAUUUAAAGUAUCAUUCCAUGAGUAUUCAUUCGGAACAACGUCAGUUUCAGUGUGAAUAUUGUGGUAAAGAUUUUGCACGAAAAUACUCAUUAAUUGUCCAUCGCCGAAUUCAUACAGGCGAAAAAAAUUAUCGUUGUGAAUAUUGUAAUAAAACAUUCCGAGCUAGUAGUUAUUUACAAAAUCAUCGGCGCAUUCAUACAGGUGAAAAACCUCAUCCCUGCACUGUGUGUGGAAAACCAUUUCGCGUACGUAGCGAUAUGAAACGCCACUUGCACACUCAUACUAAAAGUCGAUCAGAUCGACCCAUCAAUCGUACCAUGGCCGGCAAAAUAAUUACUGAAAAAGAUAAAAGUACAGUUCAGUCAAGAACAUUAAUUCAAGACCUAGUUCAAGAAUUAAAACUUGAGUCACCAAAUGGUAUUGUCGAAAUUGUACCACCAGAUGAUAAUCCUGAAAGCAUUUUACCUCAUGAAGGUGGUUCUCAAAAUCUAGAAUAUAAUGUCACAGAUUCCACCGACGCGAACUCUGAUCGUGAUCCACUUGAAGCGGUUGACAGAACAUCUGAUACUUUAGUUGACCACCUUAACGAUACCUGAGGUCGAGACACUCCAUCAAGAGUACUAUCAUCGAGCGUGAAACAUCCGCACAAAUCACCCAGAAAAAUGACUGAGGAGGCUGCCCACCAAGCAAACACACGACACUAUUGGAGCAAUCCCGUGUUCAAGGUACCUGCAUUUGUUGGUCCCAAUAUACCGACCACUCCAAACCUAUUAUAUCGAUUCCAUGUCACCAGAGAACACCGACGCACUAUUGUGUACGAUCAACCUAACAGCAAGUUGGUUGAGAUCAGCGACAUAUCAUUUGUCAAGCCAGUACCAAAGUCAGCAACUGUCACAACGCCACCAGACUUCACGACAGUACCAUUUAUCGUGCCACUGACCAUCAAAAUCGGAGAAUCUGUGCACAAGAGCCACUACGACUUGCGGGACACUGUAUCUGAAGAAACCUGAAGAACUUAUUGGCGAACAUUAUGCCAAAAAGUUGAGAUAUUACCACCUGCUACCAGAACAGUGGGAACUCAGACUGCUGCAACCAGGUUAUCAUCUGUACCUGGGUCAACUGGAUGUCUCCGGUGCAAAAGAAAGGAACAUUCCCACCAAGGGUGCUCCAAUGCAAAAUUUGGAGAUGAUUAUUGUACCAGCUGUCUACGAGUAGGACAUAACAACAACGCAUGUCCUUACCUGCCAUCAUCAUCUGCUGGUUUUGAGCUAAUGAAGGAGUUUUGUCUGUCAUGCAAGACUCAACAACCCUACUUUGACCCCUAAUGCAGAGCCUGCCGAACUCAGGUGAACCUGAGUAAAGACGACAGAGGGGCCGUGGACAUCCUUCAACCUUAAUCACCAUCACCUGCAUCUAAUCGAGUGCCUCGCACCUGAGGUAGACGUUUAGUGAGUUUAUUUUACUUUUGUAUUAUUUUUAUUAUUUUCGACGUUUCAUUUUCUGGGCUUCACCCAAUCUUUCAAAAAAAAAGUAUUUUAUUAUUUCAUUUUUAUUUAAUUUCGUUCGUUUAAUUACUCAAGUCUGAUUUGAAAAAAAAAAAAAAAAAAAAAAAAAAAUUGUGUGUA